GAUACUUCGAAGAGGAUCGCGAUCCUAUUUUCGGAUCUCGAGCAGAGGCUCCCGCGAGCGAAUUCUCGUAUGCACUGGCAUCGUCUACGAUCUCCCGAUGCUUCGCAUCCUCCUCAGUCGUUUCCCACUCCGGUUGUCGUCGUCGACGCCAUACACCUCAUCGUCGCUCCUCGUCGUCGACGACGCCGGACGUUCGCCGCAUUCGCGCGCGACCCUCACAGGCGGAUGGAAUUUUCGCGACACCGUCGUCGUCCCAAACGCCUCGUUGUCGUCGUUACUAAUCUCCUUCUACCGUUUUCUCUUUGCGCAGCCCGCCAAAAUGGUCUGGAUCACCGUCGACGAUCAGAUGGCCGGCAAGCCGAAUACUCAGGCAUUGUAUGCUCAAAGUCAGCUGGACCACAUGUGCGCCCUGGACAUCGACAGUCGAGUGUCCUUCGUCCGUUUAUCCGGUAUCAUCUGUACGAUUGGUCCCGCGUCUCGAUCCGUCGAGACCCUGGAGAAGAUGAUCGAGACGGGGAUGAAUAUCGCCCGAUUGAACUUCUCUCACGGAUCCCACGAAUAUCACGCGGAGACCAUCGCCAACGUUCGCCAGGCGCAAAAGAAUCUGACCAUUUGCGCCGGCAUGAACAUCCCCGUCGCCAUCGCCCUCGACACGAAGGGCCCCGAGAUCCGUACGGGUCUCCUCGAGGGUGGCGGCUCGGCCGAAGUAGAAUUAGUCAAGGGUCAGACUUUUAAACUGUCCACCGACAAGGCGUAUCUGGAGAAGGGAACCGAACAGGUUGUUUACGUUGAUUAUGACAACAUCUCGAAGGUGUUGAAGGUAGGAAAUCGCGUGUUCGUGGAUGAUGGCUUGAUCUCUCUCAUCGUCACCGCCGUUAGUCCUAAUCUAAUCUCAACCACCGUUGAAAAUGGCGGCAUGUUGGGUUCUCGCAAAGGUGUAAAUUUGCCGGGAGUACCGGUGGAUCUUCCAGCGGUGUCGGAGAAGGACAAAUCCGAUCUUCAGUUCGGUGUUGAUCAGGACGUCGACAUGAUAUUCGCCUCCUUCAUUCGAAACGCAGCCGCGUUAACCGAGAUUCGCGGCAUUCUCGGCGAGAAGGGCAAAAACAUCAAGAUCAUAUCGAAGAUUGAGAAUCAACAGGGUAUGACGAAUCUCGACGAGAUUAUCGACGCGUCCGAUGGUAUAAUGGUGGCACGCGGAGAUCUUGGAAUAGAAAUACCUCCGCAGAAGGUGUUUCUAGCGCAGAAGUCCAUGAUCAGCAGAUGCAACAAGGUCGGGAAGCCGGUGAUUUGCGCCACGCAGAUGUUGGAAUCCAUGGUGAAAAAACCACGCGCCACCAGAGCCGAAACGUCAGAUGUAGCCAAUGCUAUCCUCGACGGUGCUGACUGCGUUAUGCUGUCGGGUGAAACCGCAAAGGGAGACUACCCCUUAGAAUGCGUUCGUACAAUGGCCAACAUUUGUAAAGAAGCGGAAGCCGCGAUUUGGCAAACUCAAAUCUUUCACGAUCUGUCGAGCAAAGCUCUGCCGCCUAUUGACGCCACCCACGCGGUUGCCAUCGCCGCUGUGGAAGCGUCCGUCAAAUGUUUGGCUAGUGCUAUCAUCGUUAUCACGACGUCCGGUCGGUCUGCACAUCUGAUCUCGAAGUACAGACCGCGCUGUCCCAUCAUUGCGGUUACUAGGUUCCAUCAGGUUGCUCGACAAGCGCAUUUGUAUCGCGGAAUACUGCCGUUGUUCUAUGAAGGAGGAGCGCCAUUGGCCGACUGGGUGAAAGACGUGGAUGUACGUGUACAAUUUGGAUUGAACUUUGGCAAAAGUCGUGGUUUCGUGAAGAUUGGCGACUCGGUGAUAGUCGUGACGGGGUGGCGACAAGGCUCGGGCUUCACGAACACUCUUCGCAUCGUCACGCAUGAUCAGAAUUGAAAUGGAGUAGUGACCUUCCACGUCCUCAAGACGACAGUUUAUCAUAGAUCACCGGAGAGUCUGCUUCGUUGUCAGCCGACUAUCAUAAAAAGCCGCUACAAGCCGAAUGCCCUGGUAUUGUAUGCCCAAAGCCACCUGGACCACAUGUGCGCCCUGGACAUUGACAGUCGAGUGUUCUUCGUCCGUUUAUCCGGUAUCAUUUGUACAAUUGGACCCGCAUCCAGAUCCGUGGAAAUGCUAGAGAAGAUGAUAGAGGCGGGGUUGAAUAUCGCCCGAUUAAAUUUCUCUCACGGAUCCCACGAAUAUCACGCGAAAACCAUCGCCAACAUUCGCCAGGCGCAAAAGAAUCUGACCGCCCGUGCCGGAAUCUACAUCCCCGUCGCCAUCGCCAUCGAUACGACGGGUUCCGAAAUCCGUACUGGUCUCCUAGAAGGUGGCGACUCGGCCGAAGUGGAAUUAGUUAAGGGUCAGACUUUUAAACUGUCCACCGACGAGGCAUACAUGAAGAAGGGAAAUGCACAAGUUGUUUAUAUUAGUUAUAAAAAUAUUUCUAAGGUAUUGAAAGUAGGAACACGAAUGUUCGUGGACGAUGGCUUGAUCUCUCUCAUCGUUUCUGAAGUUCGUCCCAAUCUAAUCACGACUACCGUCGAAUACGGCGGCAUGUUGGGUUCUCGCAAGGGUGUAAAUUUGCCGGGAGUCCCGGUGGAUCUUCCAGCGGUGUCGGAGAAGGACAAAGUAGAUCUGCAGUUCGGUGUCGACCAGAAAGUCGACAUGAUAUUCGUCUCCUUCACCCGAAACGCCGCCGCGGUAGCCGAGAUACGCGGUAUCCUCGGCGAGAAAGGCAAAAACAUCAAGAUCAUAUCGAAGAUCGAGAACCAACAGGGUAGGACUAAUCUGGAUGAGAUCAUCGAGGCUUCCGAUGGUAUAAUGGUGGAGCGAGGUGAUUUAGGAGUAGAGAUACCCUCGGAAAAAGUGUUCCUAGCACAAAAGUCCAUGAUCAGUAGAUGCAACAAGGUCGGGAAGCCGGUGAUUUGCGCCACGCAAUUGUUGGAAUCCAUGGUGACCAAACCACGUCCAACGAGAGCCGAAACGUCAGAUGUAGCUAAUGCUAUCCUCGACGGUGCUGAUUGCGUGAUGCUAUCAGGUGAAACCGCGAAGGGAGACUAUCCCUUAGAAUGCGUUCGUACAAUGGCUAACAUUUGUAAAGAAGCGGAAGCCGCGAUUUGGCAAACUCAGAUCUUUCACGAUCUGUCAAGCAAAGUUGUGCCGCCUAUUGACGCCGCCCACGCGGUUGCCAUCGCCUCUGUGGACGCAUCAGUUAAAUGUUUGGCUAGUGCUAUCAUUGUUGUCACGACUUCCGGUCGAUCUGCACAUCUGAUCUCAAAGUAUAGACCCCGCUGCCCCAUUAUUGCGGUUACCAGAUUCCGCCAGGUCGCUCGACAAGCGCAUUUGUAUCGCGGAAUACUGCCAGCGUACUGCGAAGAAGGGCCAUUGAGCGACUGGGUGAAGGAUGUGGAUAUGCGUGUACAAUUCGGAUUAAACUAUGGCAAAAAAAUUCGUGGUGUCAUAAAAACAGGCGAUUUAGUAAUAGUCGUGACGGGAUGGCAGCAAGGUUCGGGAUUCACGAAUACUCUUCGCAUCGUGACUGUCGAUUAAACUCGCACUAAUGGAUUGACAAAGAAGAUAUGAUCCUUAUAAAUAAGAAAUGUAUUGCGAAUGAUUAUUUUGAACACAUAUACGUAAUUGUAUAGCAUUUUGUUACGAGUUUCAGUAAAUACAGUUAUAUAUGAGACUAA